AUCUAAUUUAUCACAUGUACUCUUGCAUAUCUAUCAACUCUAAAGACAGCAUUGAAGAAUUCCUAUCUUUAUAUCAUUGUAAAGAUUCACAUCAAAAAACUCUCUUAAAAAAAGAAAGAGAAAUAGUUAAAUACCUUAAAUCACUUGGUCUCUAAAUGAAAACAGAUCCUCUUAAUAAAUAUUAACAAAAGAAUAAGUAUUUCUUUUCACUAUUUAGUAUUAUAUUCCAAAGCAAUAACUCUUUAGAACAUCAAAUUGUUAUGGAAAAAAAAGAAAUUAAAGAAGAUUAUGAUGAAGAUGAACUAGUAAUAACUAACAAUCCUUUAUUUAAAAAACGGAAUAGUUUAAAACUAAUUAGAGCUUUCUCUUUUGACGUAAAAGAUAAUAACUAAUUUGAUAAUGAAAACUAGAACUCAUCAUUAGUAUUAACUUGA